AACAUCCAGAAUACACUUCCAGCAACAGCACUGGCUAGUUCAGCUUCUUCUGAGGGAUUCUCCAGGACACAUGAUGUUACACUCAGCUUUGGCCCUCUGCCUCUUACUGGUCGCAGUUUCUUCCAACCUUGCCAUUGCAAUCAAAAAAGAAAAGAGGCCGCCUCAGACACUCUCAAGAGGAUGGGGAGAUGACAUCACUUGGGUACAGACUUAUGAAGAGGGUCUCUUCCAUAUUCAAAAAAGUAACAAGCCAUUGAUGGUUAUUCAUCACUUGGAAGAUUGUCAAUACUGCCAAGCACUCAAAAAAGUGUUCACCCAAAGUGAAGAAAUACAAGAAAUGGCCAAGAAUAAUUUCAUUAUGCUGAAUCUCAUGCAUGAGACCACAGAUAAAAAUUUAUCACCAGAUGGACAAUAUGUGCCUAGAAUCAUGUUUGUGGAUCCUUCUUUAACAGUCAGAGCUGACAUAACUGGAAGAUACUCUAACAGAAUGUAUACAUAUGAGCCUCAGGAUUUACCAAUAUUGAUAGAAAACAUGAAGAAAGCAUUAAAACUUAUUCAAUCAGAGUUAUAAAGGAUUAUCUCGAAGAAGUCAGAUGUCAUGAAGACAACUUUCUGGUUACUGAUUACUACUAAAUGUACAAACACAUGAAUUUUGUUACAGUACCAUUUAGAUUUUUAAUAUGUUUGCAAUAUGCUUAUGAAGGUAAAAUUAUAUUUCAAUAAAUGUCAAAAUCAGCAUGACAAUGUAUAGUAGUUUGACUUCUAUCGACAUCAGUAGCAAAGAAAGCUUGUCAUGAGCUGAGAGUUAGGUUAGGGUAGAGACAAGAGGACCUAAAUAAGAGAUAUCUACAUCCAACCACCAAUUCAGUUCUUCACAGGGAGCUCUGGAGGAGCUGGGAAUAAUUCUUAGAAGUGAGAGAAUGUUUGAGAUGGAUAGAAAUUUCCCAACCCAUAGGAUUUGAUUGCAUUUAAGUAGAAUUAUUUUGAAAUAUAGAAGUACACUUUAAUAAUGAUAUAUAUGUAUAUAUACAAUGUCUAUGAUACAGAUUUUUUAUUAAUUCCAAUGUUUCAUGAGUUAGAGAAAAUUAAGCUUUAUCCAGGUUUUAUUUGACCACUAUUCUGUUCAUUUUAAG